GUCAACGUUCGGGUAACGUCGCCGUUGGGCUUGUCGGCGUGGAGGAUGACGGCGGUGUCGCGGAAUCGACAUCGACGACGUGCGCGAGUGAUCGAUGGCGGCGUGACCGCGAUGCGCGCCGAGGCCGUGCCGCUACGUGCCGCCGUCGUGCGACAGCCGCGACGUCGUUAAUCAAACUGUCGAUUGACCGAGCGAAUAGUAGCAGUGUGCGUAUUCCGGAGGUACGACGGAACGCGAGGCGGCGCGCACCUUCCCUCGAGCGAGUGCGAAGGGCGGAUAGAGCAGGAUAGAGCGAGAAAGAGAGAGUGAGUGAGAGAGGGGAACAGAAGGAGGGAGAACGAAGAAGUAAAAGCGAAUUGAAUUCCUGCGCCCGACGGUAACGCACGGUGCCGGAACUGCAGUCCGAUAUACGAUAGUCUGUUUCUCUUCUUAACGAAGGCUCGUGGGUGCUCGAGAGAGAGAGAGAUAGAUAGAGAUGGACUGAAGGCGGGGAGCAAUGACGAGGGAAGAACGAAAGAGUGAAAGAGUAAGAGGAAACAAUUGGGUGAGUUAAAUGAGGGAGAGGGAGGUACGUUUCGAUAGAGCUUGAGUUUAAGGGCAGCGACGACGAGGACGUCGGAGUAGGUACACGACUGUAAGGUACGAAUCGAGGGACUCUGCUCCACGAUGGACGAGUGCAUGCUGAACGACUUGUUGGAGUGCUCGGUGUGUCUGGAGCGGCUCGACACGUCUAGCAAGGUGCUGCCGUGCCAGCACACGUUUUGCAAGAAGUGCCUGGAGGAGAUCGUCAGCACCCACCGCGAGUUACGCUGCCCCGAAUGCCGCGUCCUCGUGGACGCUAAGGUGGACGACCUGCCGCCGAACGUCCUGCUGAUGCGUAUCCUCGAGGGGAUGCGCAACGCUGCGCCGAAGAACCAGGCCAAGUCCUCGUUGCCGUCAUCGAGAUCCUCGGGCGGUACUGCCGCGCCUCAACGGUUGUUCGGCGGUCACCAGGUCGCUCCGGCGCCUAUCGUCACCGGCAAUCUCGCGCCUGCCUCCGAGCCGACAGUGCGACAUUCCAAUGCGGCUGCCAAGCAGGUGCAUCUACAUAAUCAGGCGUACGGAAGAGCGAUCUACGAUUAUGUCUCCAAAGUGCCAGGCGACUUGAGUUUCAAGAAGGGUGACAUAGUCAUUCUUCGGAAGAAAAUUGACAACAAUUGGUAUUUCGGAGAAUGUGGCAAUAAUCAUGGUGUCUUUCCUUUAUCUUACGUUCAGGUGAUGACGCCUUUGACACCGCAUGUACCUCAAUGUAAAGCGCUAUAUGAUUUUAGGAUGACAAAUGACGACGAGGAUGGUUGUUUAACUUUUAACAAGGGAGAAGUUAUCAGCGUUAUCCGAAGAGUAGAUGAAAAUUGGGCAGAAGGUAAACUUUUAGACAGAAUUGGCAUCUUUCCACUGGCAUUUGUUGAGCUAAACAGCGUUGCUAGAGCUUUGAUGAAACUCUCAACCAAUGUACAGCCGGGACCGUCAAGAGUAGCUCCACCAACUCCAACAAACGAAGAAACCACACCAUUAAUACCAACCGACCAUUCCCGUAAUGUGCAAACAACAAGUCAGUCUCGACCGCAAUUGGUACAGAACGCUACGUUACAGGUAUCUGAUUCUGUCUCAAACAUAUCAUCUGGCGGUAGCUCUACAACCACUACACCAAAUACCCCCAACAGUUCGACCACAUCCAGUAGUUCCAGUACUGCUCCGAGCAGUCCCGGUAGUCCUGCAACGUCACCGCCCGCGGUCGGCAACAGGCAUAAUGUUAAACGUCAUAGUUUCACUGCCGUCAAUACAGGUCAUCAUGCACAUCCCCAUCAUAGACAUAGCGCUGAAAUACUCAGUCCUCCAGUAGACAGUGCCUCUAAUAACACCAAUAAUAGUGGAGCCAAUGAGUCAUUUUCCUCCUUGCAAACGAGCGGUAGUUGCACGGAUCACAAUCUUCGUCACAGACGAAGUGGCAGCAGCGAUCUUGUUCUUGCUCAGGCGUCACAAAGUAUAUCUGCUGGCCAGACUACUACUAGCGCAUCCACUUUGACACACCUGCCAGCGGCAUAUGUAGCGUUGUAUCCCUACAAGCCCCAAAAAGCAGAUGAGCUUGAAUUACGAAAGGGUGGAAUUUACAUGGUAACGGAACGCUGUCAGGACGGAUGGUUUAAGGGAACGUCCAAUCGUACCCAGAAGUGCGGAGUUUUUCCUGGAAAUUACGUUGCACCUGCCAAAUGUCAACGCGGGCUGUGCCGGGGAUCUCCAAACUCACCGAGUCAACACCAAGGUUCGCCACUAUCAAACGCUCCAUCGAAUACUGAGUCGCGCUUGGCGGUAACGUACACGAAGAACAAGGGCCCCGCGCCACAACCGUACAAUCCUCGUACACUGCCGCCGCCUGAAUUACCGCCGCGUGCCAUUAGCCCAUCCACGACAACCGUGUCUUCGUCCUGGCAUGGCGCCGCUCAGUCCAAUCAGGGACCGAAUCAAGAAACUAAUCCGCCCCGACACAACGAUCAGAAUGCCACUCCACUUGGACGCAGUCACAGUGCAGUGAUGACGGCAAAUAUUCCUUCCCCCGGUAAACAAAUCGUUGUGUCGUCAUCGUUACAACCAGCAGCGGGCAUUAAUAAUGCUAACAAUGGCUGUAGCAGCAUUACCAUUUCCGCUCCUUCCUCCUCCAUAGGCGACAUGAACAGAAGCCCGAACAAUACUCUGCGUGUAGCGAGCGGUACCGCAUCGUCGAAUGCAGCCACGUCUGCGUCUAAAACCACAGAAAAGACGAAAGAAAAGAAGGAUAAAUGCGUUUCAUUGAUGCGCCGCUUGACCAAUAUUAAGAAGUCUAAAUCACCUCCACCUGCUACGUACUCGAUGGAUAAUCCUGUAUUCGACGACGGUAAUUCCGUCAAUCCGAUGCACGUUCGAUCAGGAUCUUGCCCAAGUCAGUUGCUACAGGUGAUACCCACACAGGAAUUAAAUGCUUCAAACAGUCCACACCGCUUAUGUCCGGGCUCUGUGCAAGGGCACGUCACAUCCUCACAGAGAUUGAAAUACAAGGAGAGACCCUCCUUACCAGUGUCAAUAACGCAGAGAUCUAAUGAAUCUGGUACAAUGGUGCAAUGUGCGACUGUUGGAAAUCAUCAUCGCAAGAGUAAUUCGUUAGACGCUGGAAUGGGAAAACAAAUGAAGCAGCAAUCGUCUCGCGAUCGCGCGGGAUACAGAUUCCGUUGUAUUGUACCGUAUCCACCUAAUAGCGAGUUUGAGCUGGAGCUUCGUGUGGGGGACAUAAUAUAUGUGCAGAAGAAACGCGACGAUGGAUGGUACAAAGGUAUGCAGCAGCGUACCGGUCGCACGGGGCUAUUUCCAGCUAGUUUUGUGGAAGCUUUCUGAGACCCGACGCAAAGUCGCCUAGUGUUAGAAACUUGUAUAUAACUUGGCCUUUUAUGUAAGUAUUUACACGACAUAUUCAG